CAUAUAGAAACUUCUUUAUAUAUAUAUAUAUAGUUUCUCGAAUUGAGAAAGAAAAAAUAAAUAUAAUCAUAAUUAUACGCAAACGCGUAAACCCCAAAUUAAAACCUGCAAAAACACGAGUCUAGUAAAUUGUACGUAAUCUCCUUCGUUUUCGUUUCCACUUUCUAUGAUGUUUCCUAUUAGCUCUUAAUUCUUGAAAAACGUCACCAUCACUUGACUUCUCUCUCUCUCUCUCUCUACCUUUCUCUCUCAUCAUAUCGCCCAUACAACAAAUCUUAAUAAACAAAGAAGAAGAGGAAGAAGCACUAGUUUGACGAGUCUUUUCUUAUUACUCAUUCAACGCCCUGCACCUUCUUCAGCCAUCAAAACUAACCAUAUAUAUCUUUUAUAUAUAUUCAAACAUUCAUUUCUUUAACUUAUAAUCUAAACCCUCCAUUUUCAUUCUCACCAAGGAAUUCGAAUUAAUUAAUUCAUUCACAGUUAAUAACAGAGAGAGAUCAAAUGAAUGAUUUAUUCUCAGGAUCUUUCUCACGUUUCCGUGACCAAGACCAGUCGCCGCCGCGGCGGGACGAUUCCCACACCGUCGAGAUGAUCAACUCCGCCUCCACCGGCGGCGGCGGCGGCGCCGUCAACCUCAACCGCUUCUUCGAGGACGUCGAAUCGGUCAAGGACGAGCUCCAGGAGCUCGAGACACUCUACAACAACCUCCACUCCGCCCACGAGCAGAGCAAAACCCUACACAACUCCAAGGCCGUGAAGGAGCUCCGAUCCCGAAUGGACGCCGACGUCUCCGCCUCCCUGAAAAAGGCCAAGCUAAUCAAGGUCCGCCUCGAAGCCCUAGAUCGGUCCAACGCCGCCAACCGGAGCAACCCGGGCUGCGGUCCGGGGAGCUCCUCCGACCGGACGCGGACCUCCGUCGUGAACGGGCUGAGGAAGAAGCUCCAGGAGUCGAUGACCCGGUUCAACGACCUCCGGCAGAGGAUGGGGUCCGAGUACCGAGAAACCGUGCAGCGGCGGUACUACACCGUCACCGGCGAGAAUCCGGACGAGAAAACCCUAGAUCGGCUGAUCGAGACAGGGGAGAGCGAGACGUUCCUGCAGAAGGCGAUCCAGGAGCAAGGGAGGGGGCAGGUGAUGGACACGAUAAUGGAGAUCCGUGAACGGCACGACGCGGUGAAGGAGAUGGAGAAGAAUCUGAUUGAGCUGCACCAGGUAUUCAUGGAUAUGGCGGUUUUGGUGCAGAGCCAAGGGGAGCAAUUGGACGAUAUCGAGAGCCAGGUGAACCGGGCGAACUCGUUUGUUAGGGGUGGGACCCAGCAGCUGGAAGUAGCUAGAAAGCACCAGAAGAAUACCAGGAAAUGGGCUUGCUUUGGGAUUGUGCUUGUGUCUGUUAUUAUAUUGAUCAUCGUUCUCUCUCUUCAGCCAUGGAAGAGCGGCGGCGGCGGCGGCAACAACAGCAGUCCGAACCCACCAGCUCCAGCUGGUCCUUGAGCAACUUCUGAGUUCACUCGGCGGCCUCUUUUUUUUUUUUUUUUUUUGUGGGUAAUAUUGUUUUAUAUUAUUUUAUUAUUAUUAUUAUUGUUUGUAUCUAUUGGUAUGUGGUAUUAUUUGUUGAAGGAUAAGGUGGAAAUUUUUAUUUGAAAAGUGUGAGAUGGAUGAGAUGUUCACCUACCCUUUUCCAUUGUUGAAUCAGAAAGAAAAUUCAAAAAAAAAAUUGAGAUACUUUAGGAAUUGAGGUGUGUGGGUAUAUAUAUAUAUAUAUUGUUCUUUAGUGUUGUUAC